ACUUACAUUUCAACCUUUAUCUGAAAUGAAUGACUAGACGACGUUUACAGUUAGUUGAUCAAGAUUGGCACCCCUUCAAAGAGCUUCGGAACGCAGGAAAUUGACGUCAGGCGUUCCGACACUUGGGGGAAGUUUCUAACGAGGAAAAAGGGGGCGUGUGUUCGCUCCGAAACAUCUCGGCAAAGUCGUGCGCUUUAAUAACACAGAGUCGAGGGCACGAGGUCUGCAACGCUCAGCCAGUCAUACGCCUUCGCGUGCCGAAGACGUCCUAACAACGUUUAUAUUCUCCCCCAUGAUUCUCCAGGACUACGAUGACGUCAUGGUUGGCUUCUCACUUUUUUUUCUCUCUCAAGAAAAAGCCUUCUCGCUGGCCGGACGUUAAUUGACCUUGGCUGUAUCCUUUUAUCGUUUUACCGAAGCCGCUUUUUCGUGGUGGCUCGUGCGUCUCCGAGACACGAUUGCACACCUGUAGCCGCAGCCGUGAGCUGCGUCCUCCUCACUCACGCUACCAGCGGUUGGGCCGAGAGGAAAGUGACGCUUUUUUGUCCCCUCGAUAUCUGGCCUGUUUGUGAUAGCUUUCCGUAUGUUUUCUUUCCGGCCUGCCAGUCGCAUCAAGUCGUGUCGAUUCGUGUCGUCGUAGCCACUUGUGCAUACGCACAGUGUCGACGACUAUGGUGUCACCGACCACAGCGAUAUCUCGUCUCAUCCCGAGUCUUCUGUUGGGAACCGUGAGAACGGCACUGGAUUUGCCGUCCGAGCUUGCAAAUUUCUACACUGGGGGGGAUCCGGACCAAUGCACCGGAAUCGAACAACUGAUUCGAAGCAAGGGCUAUCCUUUCGAGCGCCACAGUGCCAUCACGAGUGACGGGUACAUCAUCGAGAUGCAUCGGAUACCGCACGGCAAAGAACCCUGCAAGGCCCCGUGCCACAGACAACCUAUCCUCCUCAUGAGCGGUCUACUCGGUGACUCGUCCAACUUCGUGCUGGACUUCCCGAAACAGUCAAUCGGCUACGUUCUGGCCGACAACAAAUACGACGUAUGGAUGGGAAACGUACGUGGUAAUACGUACGGAAAACGUCACAAGAAGUACAACAAACGUUCACGGAGAUUCUGGAAUUUUUCGUUCCACGAACAUUCAAAAUACGACCUGCCGGCCCAAAUCGACUACGUCCUCAAGAAGACCGGCAGGAAAGAUCUCCUGUACUUGGGAAUCUCACAGGGCACACUCCUGUUUUUCACCAUGAUGUCCGAGAGGCCGACCUACAACGACAAAGUGAAGGUGUUCGCUGGCCUGGCUCCAUUCAACAAGCUAUCUCACAUGGACUCCGAUGCCCUCGCCAUAGCGAUGCCUUUCGCCGAUCAUGUAUUGCGUAUGGCGUACACCUUCGGAACGUACGAAAUCAUGCCCCAGGGGUUCCCCUUGCUGCCCCUGGCGCGAAGCUUGUGUGCCUUGCCAACAAGAGGCAUUUGUUCCUUACUCGGAGACGAGUUCGGCAACCUCGGCAGCAAGUACAUGAACAUGUCUCGCAUUCCGGUGUACCUCUGCCACGUUCCUGCCGGGAGUUCACUGAAGAAUAUCGUUCACUAUUCUCAGCUUGUCAAGUCAAAGAAGGCUACCAAGUUUGACUACGGCCCGGUGGAUAACAAGAUUUAUUACGGUCAGGAGGACCCUCCAGAAUACAAGAUAGGCAACGUGAAGACCGACGUGGGCAUUUUCUGGAGUCGUGGCGAUCGGAUUGUGUCGAUGGCUAACGUACGGGAGCUCAUCAAGGACCUCGGACCGCGGGUCAAGAAGAACCACUUCAUCGACGACCCCUACUACACACACGUGCACUUCGCCAUGGCGCUGAACAACCCAACGUUGUUGUACAAGGACCUGCUGGAGUUUCUGGAUAAAUACGCGACGUCCUCCUAGCACCGCGAGUCGUUUUCGCUUACAAUGGCGUACACGCUCUAUACGCCGCAGUGCAGCACGCACAUGAAAUGAACAGAAGCGUGUCGUCGAUGUCCCGCCGGGUGUUGAGCAUUAGAAAUUCAGAGGCAGGGCUCCCGGAUAGCUCCAAUGUUAGUUUGGCGCGCACGGGGUUUUCUUCCCGUGCAAGCAUAGUGGAUAAGUCAAUGGGAGUUAAAUUAAAGCAUUAUGUACAGUCCCUGUCCGGGCUGUCGAUAUAGAGUGCGGAAACCGUGCGCGUCUGACACCCCUAGCGCCACCUACUGCAAACAGCUACAACUACACAGUUGGUUUUGGCCGUGCGCCGCUAGGCCUACAGGGUUUCGCCACUCGCGGCCUUAUCCAUGUGUUUGCGCAGCUUCCCCUUCCUGAAGAUUCUACGCGAUCAUAGAGGGAGUCGGGAUAGGCGCCAGUUGAUAUGAACGGUUCUUUACCAUCCCGCAUCAUGGCGCGACCACGCAACCGCUCAUCACGCGAUAAAGAACUGCGUGCUGCCUGUCACCGUGCAGAAUCGCGGAAAAUGGGAAGCUGUGCAAGGCUAGAGUUAGUAUGAACCGCGCAAAGGGCAUUGCCAUGACCGUUUGUGACGAAGCACCGUACACCUGGUAGUGCAUUCUCAGAAGCGACGCGGUGUCCGAGAUCGCAAUGCCGGUGCGAUUUCGGGGGCCUACAAAGCGACUAUGUUGUUCCAGCUUGCUCCAGUAGGUGGCGCAAAUGUUCUUGGUAGGGCGAUUUACUAGGGCGAGAAGGUUUAGAAGAAUCAGAAGAAAGAAGUCAGAAAAGAAAAUCUGUACGAUAACACAAAGGACAGUGACUUGAUAUUUGAGGCUCGAGCUGGGUGCCUAAGGACAAAAAUAUAUCGGAGAAAGUAUCCGCAACCAGAUGAGGCAUGUGUAUACUGCAGCCAAAAUACGCAGACCACUCAGCAAAUCCUAAUGGAAUGCGAAGUGAGACCCGUAGUGAGACCCGUAGGUAGCGUACACCUUCGAGAAGCGCUUGGAUUUGAAGUGAAAUGAGUGGAAGCAUCAACCGGUCAGCGGUGGCGAUAAGCAAGAAACGUUUAGAGUAUUGGUGUACAAAAAGCAGGGAAGAGAUUUAUACGGCCGGAUUCGUUACAGAUAAAGGUAGCGCUACAAGGCAGUUAGAGAACUUUUGAGGAAGAGAAAAAUGAUUAAGGACAUGCAUACAAAAAUGCUAGAAUGAAAAGCAUCUAUAGCAUACAUGAUUAACUCAAGCAGGCUAGGUGACUAUUCGUCACCGCUCCGAUUCAAAGGAGAUGCCAAUAAAUCGCCACCACCACCACCACCACCACCACCACGACGACCACCAUCUUCAUCAUCGUCGUGCAAUGAAACCGUGCUCUAGGCAGUCUUGACGGGAGUCGCACAGUGGAGAGCGCACUAUCAUCACGGCGCUCCGGGGAAUGCGCCCUUCGCCAUCGGCUGGGCCUGUCCGUGAGCUGCUCUGCCCAGCAGCGUCAGUUGGUGGCUUGGGCCCGACAGAGCAGUGACGAAGCCGACA